AUGUACCCGAUCCCAGCAGACUCGACGGUCCAGAGGCCGCCGGGACGCCCUACAGCGCCACGAAGCCAGCCCUUCAAGCGCGUCGCCGACCCCGACCUCGUCGUCAGGUCCUGCCUGACGCUCUCCUCCGCCUUCCGCCAAAUAUACGCAGGAAACGCCAAAGACCAAAACUACGAGACUCUUUACAGGUGCACUUACAAUGUGGUCCGUGUCGGCCAUGGCGGUGAGGCGCUCUACACCCAGGUCGCGACCACCAUGGCGGCGGAGGUGGAGAAGCUCGCGGGGUCUCUCGACAGCACCGCCUCCGCGCCGGACGAUCACUUCCUGCAGGAGCUGCUUAGCAGGUGGAAGACACACAGCAAUGCCGUCGAAAUGAUCAGCGACGUGGUAAUAUACAUGGACCGGACGUUUGUCCUGCAGAGGCACAAGGCGCCCGUCAGUGAGCUGGGCCUCAGGGCGUGGCGCGACGGUAUGCUUCGCCCAGAUGGUGAGGUACUGGGACCUCACCAGGAUGCAUCGGCUACUCGGGCGCGUCCAGGGCGGCGUGCCAGCGAUGAGGGACUGCAUGAAUGCUCACUUCCAAGAGAUCAGGAACACGGCGGGCGACGACGAGCGGUUGCUGUCACCUGCGCUUACAACGUGGUUGCUGCCGACCAUGGCGAGGUGCUCUACACCCAGGUCGCGACCAUGGAAGAAAUAUGUGGGUCGGUCGGUCACGAGCACCAAGCCGAGAGCGUCACGGGUCCCUGCGCUUCGUCGGACGGAUAUUUUGGCGAGCGUUCCGCGCGCAAGACCGACGAAACAGCGUCCCGCUCCCCGCCCACUCAAAAUCCAAAAUAA